AUGAGGUACAAGCAAUCCGCCGACCCAUCAACCACCCCCCAAGCCCUCUAUAUCCACGGCUACAUCUCCGGCCGCAUCUUCAAGUCCUCAAAAGAAACCUCCACCCCCGGCCUCCCCAUAACCAUAGCCGCCAGCCUCCUCGACGGCCUCGUCCUCUCCCUAACCCCCUUCCACAACUCGUGCAACUACCGCUCCGCCAUCGUCUACGGCUACGCUGAACUCGUCGAGGACGCCGACGAAGCGCUGUACGCUAUGAAAGCUAUUACUGAUAAUAUGUUGCCGGAGCGCUGGGAGAAGAGUAGGGUGCCCCCGAGUAGUGCGGAGUUGAAGAGUACGAGUAUACUUAGGGUUAGGGUUGAGAGUGCGAGUGCGAAGGUUAGGACGGGGGGACCGAGUGAGGAUAGGAAGGAUUUGGGGGAUAAGGCGUUGGUGAAGAGGACGUGGACGGGUGUUGUGCCGUAUUGGGGGACGUGGGGGGAGCCUGUUCCUGGGGAGCAGAAUGGGUGUGAGGAUGUGGAGGGGUAUAUUGAGGGGUGGAGGAUGAAAGAGACGGCGAAGGCUAGGGGGUAUGCUUUUGAGGCUGUUGGGAAGGGUAAAUAA